GUCUGAACCUGAACCAGUAGGUUUGUAUGUGAACGGCGAGAGUAAGUAAUCAUCUCGCGGGUGCCUGAAACCCCGGGCAUCCAUGGCGUCAGGCCAACUGGCACCUCCUCAUCUCCGCCUCCACUUCUCUCCUCCCCAAACCACUUCUCUCCAAACACAUCACCACCACAACCCGCCAACACAACCCCCAAACCAAACCAAAACCACCGAGAGAAGAGAAGAGAAGAGAAAAGAAAAGAAAAGAAAAGAAAAGAACAGAAAAGAAAAAGAAAAUGUCCCCCUCCACGCGCCGCCUCCUCAAAGAAGCCGCCGAACUCAACACGCACCCAUCCCCGCACUUCCACGCGGCGCCGAUCUCCGACGACAACCUGUACGACUGGCACUUCACGCUACAAGGCCCGCCGGCGCCGUCGCCGUACGCGCGCGGCAUCUACCACGGCCGCAUCGUCCUGCCCUCGACGUACCCGCUGCGUCCGCCCAGCUUCCGCUUCCUGACCCCGUCCGGCCGCUUCGAGGUCAACCGCGAGAUCUGUCUGAGUAUUUCGGGCCAUCAUGAGGAGACGUGGCAGCCGGCGUGGGGGAUCCGGACGGCCUUGAUUGCCCUGAGGAGUUUUAUGGAUGGCGACGCGAAGGGCCAGGUUGGUGGGUUGGAUGUUGGCGAGGGCGUGAGGAGGAGGUAUGCUGAGGAGAGUAGGGGGUGGAGGUGUGAGCUGCCGCGCCUGCAGCGCCAGCAUCAUCCACACCGACUCCCACCCCAACGACACGCCCACACCCCUAUCCCCAAGCUCAAUCCCAUCCUCAACCCCAAUCUCAGCCUCAAUCACAACAACCACAACCACAACCACAACCCCAAGUUCAGCUUCAACAACCACAACUCCACCCCCAACCCACCGCCCCCGCAGCAGCAGCAGCAGCAGCAGUCUCCCACGACGGCCCCUGGCUGGACCGAGCCAUCAUCGGCGUGUUGAUCGCGCUGGCGGUGAUGAUCCUGCGCCGGCUCGCCCGGGACGAGACCGAGUAACCGAGUCGAGUCGAGUCGAGUCGAGUGAUUAAAAGCAUUGCAAAUGCGAAUAUACAUGCGAAUGGAGUUUGGCGUUGGAUUACCACUAUCGUAUAUCACUUAUUAUUAUUUACCUUUUACCUACUACCUUUUACCUACUACCUACUACAUGUCACCAUAGUAGUGCUCGUUCUAGUUCUAGUUCUAGUUCUAGUUCUGCUGUAUGGGUUUGGGCUGAGGUUGGGGUUAUGGACUGCAGUGACUGAUUUGACUGAUCGAAUUG